GUGCACAUUUAAAAAAAAAAAGGAAGAAAAAGAAGGGGAUGAAAAAAAAAAAAAAAACGGUCCGUGUCAUCCCCCCACGUCAGGGCCGGUGGUGGGCGUGAGGCUGUACUUCCCCCGCCCCCUCCUAAUGGAGCGAACCAUUCCCAGCUAGUCCUCCUCGCCCUCUCCCUCUGCCUCCCUCUUUCUCUCCUUCUCCUCUUGUCUCCCCCCCCCUUGUCUGCAAAGUCCUCCGCUGCUCGGAACUUGUUGGCAAUGCCUAUUUUUCAGCUUUCCCCCACGUUCUCCAAAGUAACUAUUUAAAGAUCUGCAGCCGCAAAUGGUUUUACUAAAUGUAGGAUGGGACUUAAGUUGAACGGCAGAUAUAUUUCUCUGAUCCUUGCUGUACAGAUAGCGCACCUGGUGCAGGCGGUGAGAGCGGCGGGGCGGUGCGAUGCGGUCUUUAGGGGCUUCUCGGACUGUUUGCUGCGGCUGGGCGAUAACAUGGCCAACUACCCGCAGGACCUGGACGACAAGAGAAACCUCCAAACGAUCUGCGCGUACUGGGACGAUUUCCACGCCUGCACCCUCACAGCGCUCACCGAUUGCCAGGAAGGAGCGACAGACCUCUGGGAGAAAUUGAGACGGGAAUCCAAAAACCUCGAUUUCCAAGGCAGCUUAUUUGAACUGUGCGGAGGCGGCAGCGGCGCGGCACCGUCCCUCCUCCCGCCGGCUUUGCCCCUGCUCCUGGCGGCUCUGUGGGCCGCGCUAGUGACCUGGCUGCCUUUCUAGGGGGGCGAGCACACUCACACCCACACCCUCUCCAUGUGCUGGAUCUAUAGAGGAAGUGUCCAUCCGUUGCUUUGGGGACGUUGUGCUUUUCUGUGGUUGAUGAUGAUGGUGGUGGUGGUGGUGGCUGAUGAUGGUGAAACACCCAUGUAGGACUGUGGAAGCGUUCUCCCUUUAUUUUUUGUGUUUUAUUUGCCAAAUGUUACCAAACAGGCAGCGGCGCGCAGCCCAAAUCGGACCUCAGCUUUACUAUCGCUUCGAAUCAAAAAUAGAAAAAAAAUAUAAUAAAAAAAAAACCAAACUCGAGCCCUCGUUGUGCAA